CCAGUAGGGGCAGAUCUGCCCUUGGGGGCGGGGCUGCCCCUUACAGGUGGCUCGCUCUGGCCUCUUCCCCAGGCCCCCAGCCCCCCCAGCCCCUCGGCUUAAGGACCAAGGCAAUGGACAGGCCAUCAACCCCGCCCUUCGAUCCCCGCUUUCCGAAUCAGAACCAGACCCGCAACUGUUACCAGAACUUCCUGGAUUUUCACCGCUGUACCAAGACCAUGAGGAAGAAGGGGAAGGACACGUCCCCCUGCGACUAUUACCGCAAGGUCUUCCAGGCCCUGUGCCCUCUUAGCUGGGUGCAGCGCUGGAAUGAGCAGAUCCAGGAGGGAACCUUCCCUGGGAAGAUCUGAUGGACCCUCUCCCUGCUCAUCCCCUGGCCCGGGGCCCCCUGUCAGCACCUCUGGAAUACAGUGACACUGUACAAC